UGAUGUAUGUUUCACAACGUAGAAGAGUAUAGUCAUGCAGUUUAUAAAAAUAGCCUUAGUAGUAGUAUUUAUGUUGACGUAUAGCAAAUCGGAUGCGACCUCAAUCAACAUCAACGAGGUCAAGGCUGUCGGCUGUCUGAAGGUAGCAGAGGGUAGCGAGUCCUUCAAGACGCUGGCCAAAGACUAUGGCGCCCUGCAGCUUGAGGUUAAGAUGUGCGUCUUCCGCUGCUGGAAGCUGAGGUUUUUCUACGCCGGCAUGCAGAAAGGUAACCUCUGUUUUUGUGGGAUGUCCAUCAAAGACACGGCCAGGGUGCCGAUAGAAACCUGCGACAGGCGAUGUCCAGGUAACUGCUACCAGGCCUGUGGGGGAGACACCGCCCUGUCGGUCUACAAGACAGGCUAUGUCAGAGAGCCGGUCAUUGCCAUGGAGAGAUUCUCGCUGCUAAAGGCCAACAUCGGGUGCUAUGCCAGGAAAGACUCCAUGCUGAUCCUGUGCCCUAAAGACUUCGCCCCCCUGCGGACAGAACGGAUGUCGGUGCCUCUGUGUAUCUACUACUGCGACGCCAUGUACCAGACCAAGUUCAGCACGACCACGGGAGACGACCGUUGCUGCUGCAGUAACUCAGUGACCGGCGCCAAGAACACGAUGCUCUCCUGGUGCAACAUCCCCUGUGCUGGGGACGUCACCCCCACCCUGUACCCCCACCCUGUACCCCCACCCCUGUACCCCCACCCACCCUGUACCCCACCCUGA